AAUUAACAGUUUGUGAUUAAGUAAUAAACCAGUUAAGCUUGCAUAAAGCUAAGAAUAUAAUCAAGUAACUACAGUUAUAUAAUUUCGACAUCAGCAUAGAAGUAGCUUUGAUAUUAGUUCAAUCAAUAUGAACUUCCGAAAGAUUCUGUCAAUCGCGUGGAUCUACAGAAAUAGUCUGAUUAUUGUAAUCACGCCACUGCUGCUUCUACCGUUGGUUGGCAAAUCCGAGGUUGCAAGUUGUGCAUUUAGUCUUUGCAUCAUGGCAGUUUAUUGGACGACUGAAGCCUGCCCCCUUGCGGUCACAUCGCUUCUACCGAUCAUACUGUUCCCCAUGCUUGGCAUAAUAAGUGCAGAUAACAUUUCAAUGAUGUACACGAGGCAAAUUAACUUUCUCUUUGUGGGUGGUUUGAUAAUGGCGGUUGCCAUCCAGGAGUGGAAUCUUCAUCGAAGGAUUGCUCUCAAAGUUUUGAUGCUUAUCGGUUCCCGUCCGUGUUGGAUUCUAUUAGGUUUGAUGGUGGUUACCGCCAUGUUGUCGAUGUGGAUAAGCAACACCGCCACCACUGCAAUGAUGGUGCCGAUAGCUAGUGCUGUGUACGACCAGAUGAGUGACCUUAAACAGGCGGAGAAAUCCACGUCGGACGAGGAGGCAAGUUUGAAAGUUAAAGAUGACAGAGAUAGAAAUAGUGGAGAAGCAUUACCAAGUAAUAGAACAAACGAAGAAAUCCUCUCAGAUGGUGUCACUGUCAACGUAACAAACAUCCCAAGCACCGUGAGGACAUUGAACGACGAUAAGCGUAAAAAGAGCGGAGACAAGAACUUGCGAAAAGCGAUGCUGCUUUGUAUAGCUUACUCAGCAAAUAUUGGUGGAUUUGCAACUUUGAUCGGAACACCUGCUAAUCUGUUAUUACCUGGUGCUCUUAUAUCAGUAUUCGGGGAAGGCGCUGCUGAACAAGUCGACUUCGUAUCGUGGAUGGGAUUCAGCUUACCUAUUUCGGUUACUUGUCUUUUCUUUACAUGGAUAUGGCUGCAGUUUCGGUUCAUUGGUAUCAGACAGCUUUGGCAAAAGGGUGAUAAACAAAAAGACAACCGAGUGAAAGCUUACAUUUUCAACUCUUACAGACAACUAGGUCCUAUAUCGUUUGGUGAGAUGGCUGUAUUCGCUCACUUCGUGAUACUGGCCAUACUAUGGUUAACAAGAGAUCCGAAGUUUAUCAGCGGUUGGAAAGAUUUAUUCCCACAGGGUUUGAUAAAGGACUCCACAUCAGCGAUGUUGAUUUGCUUCAGUCUAUUCGUCUUCCCGUCCAAAAAUCCUUUCCGAAAGUCGGAGGACCCAAGUGGGCUUCCGGUUGCCUCUCCUCCGCUCUUGGGAUGGAAAACACUCGAGAAAAACUUUGCCUGGGACGUCUUCUUUCUUCUCGGUGCAGGAUUCGCGCUCGCGAGAGCAUGCGAGGACUCUGGGUUGUCGGACUCGGUGGGCGACGCUAUAUCUGGAUUGGGUGACAUAUCUCCUGCUGGGUUUGCGUUAAUCAUAUCAAUAAUAUUGUCUUUGCUAACAGAAUUUACAAGCAAUGUAAGCACUGCAAGCAUAUUUCUUCCAAUUUUGUGUCGUCUGGCCUCCCACUCUGGUAUACAUCCUCUAUACAUUGCUAUCCCUGCCACCAUAUCCUGCUCAUUUGCCUUCUCACUGCCUGUAGCUACACCUCCGAAUGCAAUCGCCUUCUCAUAUGGCGGCCUUAAAGUAAAAGAUCUGAUUUCUACUGGGUUGGUGCUCAAUUUUAUCUGUGUGCUAAUUCUCAACGGGUUUUUGAACACUACAGGAGUUGCUAUAUUCAACCUGAAUGACGUUAGCUCGCUCAGCAAUUUGACUAAUCAGUUAUAAGCCAUUAGUAACACAUAAAUUGUAUUGUUGCAAAAAAUAACGUGUGCCCGUUGCAAUUAAACAUUCAGACCUAAAGCAAA